UAUGUGUAUACAUUUUUUAUAUUAUCAUUUUCUCUGUUGCAUUGCAAUUUGCAAAUAAUAUAGUAAACAGUAUUUCUCUUACCCGGUAAGACGUACAACUGUAAGCUCUUCGUCUUUGGAUUACAAGACUCUAUACAGUGAACAAAGUGCAUGAGUAAUAAUAAUAAUAAUACUCUUUGAGUAUGAGUCAACCUACAGAAAAUGACAGUUUAUCUGGCGGACGUCCUCCACCACAACAGCCGCAAUCAGAUAACCAACCUCAACCGGCUUCGGUACCAACGGGAUAUGGCUCAAUACAAACUCCAUAUGUGACUCCAAAUUACACUUGGUAUCAAGAUAUACAAAGGAACAAGCCACAAUCGACUUCCCUUACAGCAGCAUCGUUGAUAUGUCUUUCGGGGGGCUUAGGUCUUUCGUUGAGUGUCGGCAUUGGACCCAUAGCCGACUAUGGAACACAUACUCAAUACUGUUGGUUCAUUGCCGUCAUAAUCGGUGCCUGUGUAUCUGCGCUUUUAGCUAAAAAUGUUACAAAGAUGGCGUUCAACAUGACUGCAUCACUUUUGGUCAUCAUUAAAGGAAUCAUGUACACUGCUUUGGCUGCAAAUACAUCAUGGCUAAUCGUAGCUCGCUACUGUGACGGUAUAGCUGUUGGUUUGACUUUAAUACCAGCUAUUUUAGCUGGUUCUGAACAGUCUGUAAAGUAUUACAGAGGUCGUGUUUUGAGUUUUGAGCAAAGUAGUCUCGUUAUUGGUGCUAUGCUUAUGGCACUCUUCAUAAACGGAUGGAAACUUGCCACGCAAAGUAAUCUAGCUCAUGGAAUCACUUCCAUAAUUUAUGGACUGAUAGCUUUGAUAUUUACAUUUCUCACAACAAUUGAGUCUCCAAUAUUUCAUUUGCGAAAAAAUAAUGAAACAGAAGCUCUAAAUGUUAUUCGACAAUUACAAAUGCCUGGAACAAUAACCAAUGAGACUCAUGAACUAUUGAAUGAAAGUAAAGCUCUAUUCGAGGAAGAUGUGUCCAGAGGAAGAGUCGAUAACAUCUCAAAUAGUUGGAUACCUUUGAUCAAGAUAAUCAUGCUUCGUGUAAUUGUAACAUUGUCAUUCUCACUCCCACUUACUUGGGGAUUUCUAUUUGUUUCGGCAUUGAAUGAUUUUCCCAAUGAUCCAAAUCCCUUUUGGUUUGUUUUCAUGCGAUUACUUGGUGUAACGAUUUCAGUUUGGACUAUAGAUCGUCUUGGAAGAAAAAUAGUUUGUGCAAUUGGACUUCUUAUUGGCAGUAUAUUUUUGCUAGGUAUUGGAACGUUAUUUUCAAGCUCUUCAGCCAUAUCAGACAACACAUUGAGUACAAUAAUUGCGUUCUUAGUUAUUUAUCAAUUUCUAUCUGGACUUGUUGGACCUGCAAGUACAUGUUAUUUGAGUGAAGCAUUCUCUUUGUCUGUGAAGCCAUAUUUUAUAUUGAUAUCAAUUAUUGUGGAAAAUAUUGCUCAGAUUAUUGUUUGUACUCAGACAAGAAUUGAUUCGACUUCUAAUUUUGCUUAUGUUUUGGCGGCUUUUCAAUUUAUUUUUGCAUUUAUUUUCUAUUUUACAAUGCCUGAAACUAAACAAACAACUUUGAGAGAAGCCUUGGCAAUGUUUAAGAGGAGAGUUUAUAUUAAUCUUGGAAAUGCUUAAAAAAGAUAUCUUUUUGUAGUUUUUUUUUUUCUAAAAUAAAUGUAAAAUUGUGUUAAAAUAUCUAAUAUGUAACAUACUCGUACAACGUACAUACAUACAUAAUUUUUGUAAAAAUAUAUUAUAAUCGUUAUACCUAUACUAUUGAA